UAGAUAAAUUAUUUUUAUUGUUCAAAUUUACCAUUUUUUUUUUUUUUUUAUUGUAUUGUGUUUAUGCUUACUUAAGUAAAAUAUUUGUUAUUGAAUAGCUGUACACUCACUCAAUUAUAGUUAAUUGUAUCAAGCUAUGAUAUGGUUAGAAACAUUGAAUGUUUUGCUUGUAUUAAGCCGUUAGGUAAUGCUACAUUUGUAUGUUUUUGUGUGUUGUUCUAUACUCUAAACUUUUCUAGUCCACUACAUUACUUAGUAUAUCGUAUAUGUAAUAAAAAUUGUAUUUAUAAAGUUCAGGGUUGUAACAUGUUUAAACUGUUUAAAACAAACAUACUUUUGUUGUAAACACUUAGUGCGCCAGCCUUGAAUGGAAAUCAAUUGAACUGAUUUUUUUCAUUUUUUUAUUUAUUAUUUUAUGUAUUUGUUAAGUUGAAAUAAUAUUUAUUGAAUCCUUUUGAUAAGUAGCACAUUCUGUAUAUUACAGCCAUUAUGUGGGAUUUGUAACUAUGAUAAGGGUAAAAAUUAAAAGACUGUUCAAUUUAAAUGUUUAAUUUCUUAUGGUAUUGAGGUGUGGUUAUUUUUUAUUAUGUUGUCAUGAUAAAAUCAUUAUUAAUGUAGUUUCAUUAUUAUAAAGUACUGUUGUAUAUAUUUAUCAUCAUUAUCAUGAUGUAUAGCAUAUAACACACUCUUUAGUCAUAAAUGAAUUAUUUUAGUAAAAAUUUACUUCAUAAUAUUAUAAACCCUUGACCCGAGAAAUUAAUUUACAUUAUUUAUUUUAUUUUAGUCAAGAGUACUUAAUUUGUACCUAUGUAUUUGUUUUUUUUUUUGUGUGAGUGUUGUAUUUUUAAAAGUUAUAAGAAAUGUAUUUGUCCAACAGACAAUAGUUACCAUUCAUGAAUAGAUUACUUUUUAACUGUUAAAUUAUUCAUAAUGUACCUGUAUAUUGUAGUCAUGGAAAUGCCUCCAUUAGUUAUUACUUAUUUUAUGUUCAAUGUAGCAGUAUUAAUGUUUUUGAAAUAUUGUAAUAAACCAUACUUACAUAUAAAUCUCCUGUUUUGUUUCCGACCACAGAAAUGAACUUAAAUUCUGUAUUUUUGGUAUGCAAUUGGUUUGGUGCAUUUCCUGUUGUAUACGAUAAAAAUAAUAGGUCGUUCUCAAUGUCAAAAUUUGGACUGUUGUUCACUUCCAUACAUGUCGUGAUUGUCGGGCUACAAAUACACACGCAUUUGACGAUGCUAUUUUUCGGCGCUAUAAAGAAAACGUCGGCAGUCACGUCUAUCGUGUUGAGCACAAACGGGCUUGGAUUGCUGUGCAUGUUACUGAGAAGAAUGGCGUUUGUGAGGGACACAGUUAGAUGUUACAACAGCUUGUCCGAAUGGCCAGUGGAAAUGCCGGUACGAAAGUCGUCAAUUGUAAUUCUGUACGCCAGCACAGUGGCAGUACUAAUCGAAUUCGUUGGAGAUAACAUUGAUAGACGCAUGAAAAACAAGCCAAUGAACUUGGACAACAUUACUACCUAUGCGUUUUUGGGCUUCGAAAUGCAACUUAUUCACACGUUUCAUGUGAUUGGUCGAUUGUACAGCGAUUUGAACGACUACGUCGAGUCGGGCCUAAUCGACGACUUGGAACGGAUACGUCAAUCUCGAAAACGGAAUCUUGUAUUGUACACGUUUUGCAAAAAGUUCAAUUCGCACUACAACAUAGACUUGAUCAUACUCUUGUCGUGCUACCAACUAUACGUGCUAUUGGUGCUGUUUAAGCUCAUGAAUAACAUGGCCACGAGUAUUGCGACGGAAAAUUUUUCCUACAACUUUGUAAACCUGAAAGUUAUUAUCAGAAUAAUACGUAUGACAAGAUUAUUUGUGGUUUUUAUUUACCUAAUAGAGUCAAGUUCGUAUUUACACAACAAGAGCGUUUUUACAUUUUAUCAUAUAUUACGCAAUAGAGUGAAUUGUCUGAAGCAUCAAACUAAAGAACAGGUUUAUUUGUUUUUGAAUGAGCUGAAUGCUACAGAAGUAAAUAUAUCAGCGAAUGAUUGCUACGACGUUAAUAAAAAAUUUUUAUACUCUGUGUCUAGUUCUAUUGUUGGGUUCAUCGUACUGGUUGUAUCUUUUUUGUGUAAUCGAUUCUAAAGUAAGUAUUACAUGUACAUUUUAAUAUUUAUUACAAUGUUAUAACAAUAUUUUUUUUACAUAUUUUUUUACAUCAAC